AUUGACUUAUGUGCAAUUUGGGACACUGGAGUUUCCCUUCCCUUUGCAGACUGGAAAGGAGCCUCUGGUGUUGCAAGGAGGAGGCUGAAUGAGGCGGAGAAGCUGAGCUCUCUCUGGGAGGCCCACUUAGAGCAGCAGGAGGCGGCAAAACCCCAAGGGCUGGGGAGCAGGGAGUGGGGCCUGGUACUGAGGAUGGCCAGGCAGCAGGCACCGCCCUGGGUCAACGCAGCCUUCCUCCUGUUCCUCCUCAGCCUUGGUGGGGCCAUCGAGAUUCCUAUGGAUCUGACCCAGCCCCCGACCAUCACCAAGCAGUCAGUGAAGGACCACAUCGUGGACCCCCGAGAUAACAUCCUGAUUGAGUGUGAAGCAAAGGGGAACCCAGCCCCUAGCUUCCACUGGACUCGCAACAGCAGAUUCUUCAACAUUGCCAAGGACCCCCGGGUGUCCAUGAGGAGGAGGUCUGGGACCCUGGUGAUUGACUUCCGCAGCGGUGGGCGGCCUGAGGAAUAUGAGGGGGAGUACCAAUGCUUUGCCCGAAACAAAUUUGGCACGGCCCUGUCCAACCGAAUCCGCCUACAGGUGUCCAAAUCUCCCCUGUGGCCCAAGGAAAACCUGGACCCUGUCGUGGUUCAAGAAGGCGCCCCCUUGACACUGCAGUGCAACCCCCCACCUGGCCUCCCAUCCCCAGUCAUCUUCUGGAUGAGCAGCUCCAUGGAACCUAUCACCCAGGACAAACGUGUCUCCCAGGGCCAUAAUGGAGACCUGUACUUCUCAAAUGUGAUGCUGCAGGACAUGCAGACUGACUACAGCUGUAAUGCACGCUUCCACUUCACCCACACCAUCCAGCAGAAGAACCCUUUCACCCUCAAGGUCCUCACCAACCAUCCCUAUAAUGACUCGUCCUUAAGAAACCACCCUGACAUGUACAGUGCCCGAGGAGUUGCAGAAAGAACACCCAGCUUCAUGUAUCCCCAGGGCACCUCAAGCAGUCAGAUGGUGCUUCGUGGCAUGGACCUUCUGCUGGAGUGCAUCGCCUCUGGGGUCCCAACACCAGACAUCGCAUGGUACAAGAAAGGUGGGGACCUCCCAUCUGACAAGGCCAAGUUCGAGAACUUUAACAAGGCUCUGCGUAUUACCAAUGUCUCAGAGGAAGACUCUGGAGAGUAUUUCUGCCUGGCUUCCAACAAGAUGGGCAGCAUCCGGCACACGAUCUCGGUGAGAGUAAAGGCUGCUCCCUACUGGCUGGAUGAGCCCAAGAACUUGAUCCUGGCACCUGGCGAAGAUGGGAGACUGGUGUGUCGAGCCAAUGGGAACCCCAAACCCACUGUCCAGUGGAUGGUGAAUGGGGAACCUUUGCAAUCAGCACCACCCAACCCAAACCGUGAGGUGGCCGGUGACACCAUCAUCUUCCGGGACACCCAGAUCAGCAGCAGGGCUGUGUACCAGUGCAACACCUCCAACGAGCAUGGCUACCUGCUGGCCAACGCCUUUGUCAGUGUGCUGGAUGUGCCACCUCGGAUGCUGUCACCCCGGAACCAGCUGAUUAGGGUGAUCCUUUACAACAGGACACGACUGGACUGCCCAUUUUUUGGGUCUCCUAUACCCACACUCCGAUGGUUUAAGAAUGGGCAAGGAAGCAACCUGGAUGGUGGCAACUACCACGUCUAUGAGAAUGGCAGUCUGGAAAUAAAGAUGAUUCGCAAAGAGGACCAAGGCAUCUACACCUGUGUCGCCACCAACAUCUUGGGCAAAGCUGAAAAUCAAGUCCGCCUAGAGGUCAAAGACCCCACCAGGAUCUACCGGAUGCCUGAGGACCAGGUAGCCAAGAGGGGCACCACAGUGCAGCUGGAAUGUCGGGUGAAGCACGACCCCUCACUCAAGCUCACCGUCUCCUGGCUGAAGGACGACGAACCACUCUACAUCGGAAACAGGAUGAAGAAGGAAGAUGACUCCCUGACCAUCUUUGGUGUGGCGGAACGGGACCAGGGCAGCUACACAUGUGUCGCCAGCACUGAAUUGGACCAAGACCUGGCCAAGGCUCACCUCACUGUGCUAGGACGGCCAGACCGACCCCGAGACCUGGAGCUCACCGACCUGGCUGAGAGGAGUGUGAGGCUGACCUGGAUCCCAGGGGACGAUAACAACAGCCCCAUCACAGACUAUGUUGUCCAGUUUGAAGAGGACCAGUUCCAACCAGGGGUCUGGCAUGACCAUUCCAAGUUUCCAGGCAGUGUCAACUCAGCAGUCCUUCAGCUAUCCCCAUAUGUCAAUUACCAGUUCCGGGUCAUUGCUGUCAACGAGGUUGGGAGCAGCCACCCCAGUCUGCCGUCUGAGCGCUAUCGAACCAGUGGAGCACCCCCUGAGUCCAAUCCUGGUGAUGUGAAGGGAGAGGGGACCAGAAAGAACAACAUGGAGAUCACGUGGACGCCCAUGAACGCCACCUCUGCCUUUGGCCCCAACCUGCGCUACAUCGUCAAGUGGCGGCGGAGAGAGACUCGAGACACAUGGAACAACGUCACAGUGUGGGGCUCCCGCUAUGUGGUAGGGCAGACCCCAGUCUAUGUGCCCUAUGAGAUUCGAGUCCAGGCAGAAAAUGACUUUGGAAAGGGCCCUGAGCCUGACACUGUCAUCGGGUACUCUGGAGAAGAUUAUCCCAGGGCUGCACCCACAGAAGUUAAAGUCCGAGUCAUGAACAGCACAGCCAUCAGCCUUCAGUGGAACCGCGUCUACUCCGACACGGUCCAAGGCCAGCUCAGAGAAUACCGAGCCUACUACUGGAGGGAGAGCAGCUUGCUGAAGAACCUGUGGGUAUCUCAGAAGAGACAGCAAGCCAGCUUCCCUGGUGACCGUCCCCGGGGCGUGGUGUCCCGCCUCUUCCCCUACAGUAACUACAAACUUGAGAUGGUUGUGGUGAAUGGGAGAGGUGAUGGGCCUCGCAGCGAAACCAAGGAGUUCACCACCCCAGAAGGAGUACCCAGUGCCCCCAGGCGUUUCCGAGUCCGGCAGCCCAACCUGGAGACAAUCAACCUGGAGUGGGACCAUCCGGAGCACCCCAAUGGGAUCCUGAUUGGAUACACCCUCAGAUACGUGGCCUUUAAUGGAACCAAAGUGGGAAAGCAGAUGGUGGAAAACUUCUCUCCCAAUCAGACCAAGUUCUCGAUGCAGAGAGCAGACCCCGUGUCACGCUACCGCUUCACCCUCAGCGCCAGGACACAGGUGGGCUCUGGGGAAGCGAUCACAGAGGAGUCUCCAGCCCCCCCGAAUGAAGCUACUCCAACUGCAGCUUACACCAACAACCAGGCGGACAUUGCCACCCAGGGAUGGUUCAUUGGGCUCAUGUGCGCCAUCGCCCUUCUGGUGCUGAUACUGCUCAUCGUCUGCUUCAUCAAGAGGAGCCGUGGUGGCAAGUACCCAGUGCGAGAAAAGAAGGAUGUUCCCCUGGGCCCUGAAGACCCCAAAGAAGAGGAUGGCUCAUUUGACUACAGUGAUGAGGACAACAAGCCCCUGCAGGGCAGCCAGACGUCUCUGGACGGCACCAUCAAGCAACAGGAGAGUGACGACAGCUUGGUGGACUAUGGUGAAGGUGGCGAGGGGCAGUUCAAUGAAGACGGCUCCUUCAUUGGCCAAUACACUGUCAAAAAGGACAAGGAGGAAACAGAAGGCAACGAGAGCUCAGAGGCCACAUCACCUGUCAACGCCAUCUAUUCUCUGGCCUAGCAGAGCUUCCCCACUCACCCCAGGCGCAGCCACAACUUUGCAAGUGGGAGGAGGGGAGAAAGGGAGAUGAAGCCACUGCAGACCUGCCACAAAGUUGCCACCACCUUCAGGGACAAGGGUAUAGUAUGAGAGUCUGCCAAGCUAUGAGGACCAGAGACCACCCAGCUACCCCAACCUCCUCCCAACGACCCCUGAGUGCCACAAGUGUGAGAGAGCCAGAGCCAUGACUUAUCUCACUAGAGGGGACCCUGGUCCUUUGCCCGAUCUUGCAGCUACACUGAGCAUUCUACCACACUGCCCAUCCUCGACCUCGGCACACAUCCACUUCUGUUAGUCAUCAUACUUUUCAUUGUCUUUAUUUUUGCUUUAUGCAUCUUCCCCUCCAGACCAAUGCCUCCAUUUUCUUUUCCUUUUGAAGAAGUACCUUGAAAAGGAAAAACUAGGUGGAUUCUUCUCCCUGGAAGCCACAAAGAUAGACAAAAAAGAUGGAUCCAUAACAGAACACACAGAAAAGCUGUAGUAUUCAAGCUGCCACUGGGCCAACACUUUUCCAAAGGAUGCCUUUCUCGCCAUAUGUCUCUCUUUGCUCCUGACCCAUCUGCCUCGGCCUUGGCCAUUGCUGAGCUGGGCUUGGCUCCUUUCUGGAAAAUGACAGUAUUUUGGCAGGGAGAAGGCAGCCAGGUCUCCUUGCCUCUCUGGUUUGGUCAGGAGGAAAGUUAACCUCUUGCUCCUCGUUCUUACCCCGCCCCUGCCUCUGGAGAGUCUGAGAACGAGCUGCUCUGAUGGAAAGAGA